AUGUCCGUGUGGGAGUCCAGUGUGGCCUGGGUGGCAAACACACUCCAGUCUGAGUUUUGUCAGUCUGCUCCCUCUGACCACACUUUGACGGUCCUCACUGAAGGUUUUAUACGUUUCAUCAAAGAAAGCUUUGGCCAGAAGACAGAUCAGCUGCUUCUCCUGUUUCUAAAGAUUGAGACGAUGGAAGAGGCUGAACUCUGUUUUCCACAGCUCCCCAACUCCUCCUGCAGGAGACCAGAGCCUCCUCACUUUGACACUGUGCUUAUUUACCUUCUGCUGUCCUUCAUCGCUCUGCUCACUGCAGCUCUCAACCUGCUGGUCAUCAUCUCCAUCUCACAUUUCAGGCAGCUCCACACCCCCACCAACCUCCUCCUCCUCUCUCUGGCUGUCUCAGAUUUUCUUGUGGGGCUCUUUGGGAUACCGGUUGAAAUCCUCAUGAUGCAGACCUGCUGGAUGCUGUGUGACCUCAUGUGUUCGUUGUAUUAUCUUUUUGCUGUGAUCAUAAUCGCUGCCUCUUUGGGGAACAUGGUGCUCAUAUCUGUUGACCGCUAUGUUGCUAUAUGUGACCCUCUGCAUUACCCCACCAAAGUCACUCAAAAGGUUGUUGGAAUAUUUGUUUACCUGUGUUGGAUUUGUUCUACUAUUUAUGGGAUUAUCCUAUCAAAUGAAAACCUGAAGCAUCCAGGCAGGUACAAAUCCUGCUAUGGAGAAUGUAUGGUUAACAUUCCAGGAAAUCUUGAUCUAAUUGUUGGCUUCAUUAUUCCUGUUGCUCUCAUAAUAGUUCUUUAUAUGAGAGUAUUUGUGGUGGCUGUGUCUCAGGCUCGAGCCAUGAGAUCCCACACUGCAACUGUCUCACUUCAGCACUCUAAGACUGUAAAAGUUAAGAGAUCUGAGCUGAAAGCAGCCAGAACUCUUGGUAUUCUUGUAGUUGUGUUUCUGAUUUGUUAUUCUCCUUUCUACUGCGUCUCUCUCACAGGUCACAAUAUCCUGAUCGGAUCGUCAACUGAGGACUUGAUAGCUUUUCUGAUGUAUUUUAACUCCUGCUUAAACCCUGUCAUCUAUGUCUUUUUCUACCCGUGGUUUAAAAAAACUAUUAGACUUGUUGUUACUUUUCAGAUACUGCAGCCUGACUCCCGUGAAGCUCAGAUACUGUGA